GUUGAGGCCCAUGCUGGCAUUUGCUAACUUGCGCGCCUUCGUCUUCUCAUAACAAAUGUGUUUCAUGUCACAGAGAGAGAGUUCAGCAAUCGGACAUGUCUCGAUACAGAGACGACUCACCUGCAGUUCGAGUGUAUACAGUUUGCGACGAAUCAAAAUAUUUGAUCGUGAGGAACGUUCCGGCAUUGGGAUGCGGUGAUGAAUUGUCUAAAUUGUUUGGAUCUUAUGGAGAGAUUGAAGAAUGCAAACCAAAGGAUGAUGAAGACUGCGAACCAUUCACCGAUGUUUACUGGAUCAAAUUUUAUGUAGUCAACAAUGCAAGGUUUGCAAAAAGGAAAUUGGAUGAGUUUGUUUUCCUUGGGAAUCGACUUCAGGUCUCAUAUGCACCUCAUUACGAGAGCCUGUCAGACACCAAGGAUAAAUUAGAAGGCCGUAGAAAGGAAGUUCUAGCACGCUUGAAUCCUGGAAGAUCCAAACCAUCCGUGGUUGCAUCUCCACCAGAAACACGCAGCACUUCCCAAUUGAUAAACUCUAGCCAAAGGGAUACUGGAGAGUCGCAACAUAUUUCUCACAGUAAAGAUUCUUCAAUGACAAGGGUUACUUCUGACAAGGUUUGCUACUAUUUUAUAAAAUGACAUCUGCCUGUUUAAUUUCCACCUGACUACUUACAUGAAUUGAAUCGGAGCACUUGCCCAAUUUUUUUAAAGUAGAUAUUUUUCCAUCAUAUAU